AUGGCCGCAAACACGCGAUACCAGCCCGCCCCUCAACGGGACUCGUUCGAAGAAGCUCAGUUCUCUCAGCCUCCGCCUUCAUACGACGCCACCGCAGAAACGCCGCGGACGGAGGAUGAUAAUGUCCCAGAUGAUUUCAAGUUCGGAGGAACCGUUGCGGAAGGAACACUUCCCAUUCGCAUGCAGUUUAUUCGCAAAGUGUAUUCCAUCUUGACUGUGCAGAUUCUCUUAACUACCGCACUUAGCGGAAUCUCUUUCUUCAGCGAUUCGUAUCGCACAUGGAUCCAAUCACACCCCUGGCUUAUCAUCGUAUCCCUCAUUGGCGCUAUUGGAUUCAUGUUCCUAACCUUUUGGAAACGCAAGAGCUACCCAGCUAACCUCCUCUUCCUAUCCGGCUUCACCGCGCUCGAAGCAUACUCGAUUAGCGUCGUAACCUCGUUCUACGAUGCGCGCAUUGUCGUGCAAGCACUAGUCAUCACGCUUGCCAUCUUCGUCGCCCUGACUGUUUUUGCAUGCCAAACCAAGUACGACUUUACACACUGGAUGCCUUACUUGUUUGGUGCACUGUGGCUGCUCGUUAUCUUCGGGUUCAUGGCUGCUUUCUUCCCUUAUAACAGCUCCGUGGAACUUGUCUAUGGUGGCGUGUCUGCCCUUAUUUUCUCCGCCUACGUCCUUGUCGACACGCAGUUGAUCAUGCGCCAUUAUCACGUCGAGGAGGAGAUUGCUGCUUCAAUCUCCUUAUAUCUGGAUAUCAUCAAUUUGUUCCUCAGUAUCCUACGUAUUCUGAACUCCCAGGACAACUAA